AUGGUCAACACAUCUCCUGGACGUGGCACGACAGCCGACUCGGAGCUGAUGAUCGUAGAGGAGUAUCAGCUCGCGCGCUAUGGAUCCGUUCUUUUCGACCCUCCAGAAGGUCCAGAGGUUGACGACACGCCUGUUCCUGACGACUUUUCGCUUACUUAUAGUGUCGCGCCGGGGGUAUCUUGCUCAGGUUUAACGGAAGAACUCAGUUCUGAUUCCCCAGACACGCGUGAACUGGAUUCGAGUCAUUCGACGUCUGAGGAGUCACCUCCGGUGCUGGAGCCUGUUCGGAAAAGAAAAUGGAGGGUCAAGUCGCUCUUCCGGUGGGCGAUGAGGAAUUUUGUCGAGUUGGUGAAGUGGCGCAAGUUCUCCAGCAAGUUAUGA